AUGUUGGGAGACAAGGCUCACGGUGUGACUUUGAAGGUUAUGGAAUACACAUAUGAUGAUGACCUGGAAGAGCUGUGUCCUGUGUGCGGAGACAAAGUGUCCGGAUACCACUACGGUCUGCUCACCUGCGAGAGCUGCAAGGGCUUCUUCAAGAGGACGGUGCAGAACAACAAGAGGUACACAUGUGCGGAAAACCAGGAGUGUAAAAUAGACAAGACCCAGAGGAAGAGGUGUCCUUUCUGCCGCUUCCAAAAAUGCCUCAACGUCGGGAUGCGGCUAGAAGCGGUGCGUGCAGACCGCAUGCGUGGGGGGAGGAAUAAAUUUGGCCCCAUGUACAAGAGAGACAGGGCCUUGAAGCAGCAGAAGAAGGCUUUGAUACGAUCCAACGGGUUCAAGCUGGAGAGCGCCGCUCCUCCGCCGGCCUCUCCGCUGCAGGCCGACUACGGCUUCACCGGCACCCUGCACACCCUGCCCACCAUCUCCAAAAGCCUGCUCCCCUCCACCCCGAGCUCCAUCACCCCUACGGACUACGAGGCCAACCUCUAUGGACCCCCAUCCCUGGGCAUGGCCAUGCAGUCCCACGUGCCCCUCACCUCCCAGUACCAGUACACAACCUUCCCUGGCAGGGCAAUUAAAGCCGAGUGUCCUGACUACACCAGCUCCCCUGAAUCUCUGACAGGAUACCCCUACCCCGACAUGUACCCCUCAGCCUCGCCGCAGCCGCCCAGCCUGCCGCCACUGGUGCUGGAGCUGCUGCGCUGUGAUCCAGAUGAACUGGUGGUGCAGAAUAAGAUCGUUGCUCAUCUGCAGCAGGAGCAGGGCGGCCGGGGCCGGCUGGACAAGCCCAGCACCUUCAGCCUAAUGUGUCGCAUGGCGGACCAGACUCUCUUCUCCAUAGUGGAGUGGGCUCGGAGCUGCAUCUUCUUUAAGGAGCUCAGGGUGGGAGAUCAAAUGAAGCUGCUCCACAACUGCUGGUCUGAGCUUCUGGUCCUGGAUCACAUUUUCAGACAAGUGCAACAUGGAAAGGAAGACAGCAUCCUGCUGGUGACCGGCCAGGAGGUCGAGCUGUCGUCCAUCAUGUCCCAAGCUGAGUCGACUCUGUCGAGUCUGGUCCAGAGGGGUCAGGAGCUGGCGGCGAGGUUGCGGGUGCUGCAGGUUGACCGCAGAGAGAUCGCCUGCCUGAAAUUCCUCCUCCUGUUCAACCCCAAUGUGAAGCUGCUGGAGAAUCAGGCGUUCGUGGAGGGUGUCCAGGAGCAGGUGAACGGGGCUCUGCUGGAGUACACCCUGUCCACCUACCCUCAAUUCCAGGAGAAGUUCAGCCAGCUGGUGGUGCGGCUGCCGGAGCUGCGCUCCCUCAGCACGCAGGCCGAGGACUACCUGUGCUACAUGCAUCUGAGCGGAGAGGUGCCCUGCAACAACCUGCUCAUCGAGAUGCUGCACGCCAAACGAGCGUGUGUGUGA